AUGUCUUUUGUCGAAAAAUUCCAAAGUUUGAAUAUCUCAAACGAAUUAUCUAGAGAACAAUCUGCUGUUGUUGCUCAAUGGGAAUCAAUCUUGUCAAAUGGUCAAAUCAAUGCUAACUUACCAUUGUUAAACACCACUUUAAGAGAUGCUAGUUUCGUCGCUUCUACCCCAUCCCCAAUCUUGAUCGACGUUCAAUUGUUUGAAUCAGUUUUGCCAAUCAUUAGGGAAUUACUAGCUUCUUCAAAGGAUGUCUCUAACAACAGUGCUCAAUAUAGACAUAUAAUCAGAUGGGUAGAUUAUUUACAACAAUUGUUACAAUUACCAGCUGACCAACAAUUAGCUAUUAACUAUGACAUUGAAUUACCUCGUGAAGUUAUCGAAAAGAAAAAGAAAGCUGAUGCUGAAAAGAAGAAAGAUGAUGCUCCAGCUGAAACUAAGAAAAACGCAAAGGCUAAGGAUGAUAAGCCAAAGGGUAAACCAGAUGAAGAAACUUUAAAGAAAUUGAGAGAAGAAGCAAAGGCCAAGAAGGCUGCCAAGAAAGCUGCCCAAGCUGCCGCUAACGCAGAAAAGGAAGCUAAAGAACAAGAAAAACCAAAACCUUCUAUUAUUGACUUCCGUGUUGGUUUCAUUCAAAAGGCCAUCAAGCACCCAGAUGCUGACUCCUUAUACGUCUCCACCAUUGAUGUCGGUGAUGAAGAAGGUCCAAGAACUGUUUGUUCUGGUUUAGUCAAGCAUUUCCCAUUAGAAGCUAUGCAAGAACGUUACGUUGUUGUUGUUUGUAAUUUAAAACCUGUUAACAUGAGAGGUAUUAAAUCUACCGCCAUGGUUUUAUGUGGUUCUAACGAUGAAAAGGUCGAGUUCGUCGAACCACCAAAGGGUUCCAAAGCAGGUGACAAAGUUUUCUUCGAAGGUUUUGGUGACGAAGAACCAUUGAAGCAAUUGAACCCAAAGAAGAAAUUAUGGGAACAAUUACAACCACAUUUCACUACCGACGAAUCUUUACAAGUCAUCUUCAAGGAUGAAGAAGAUAAAGAAAUGCCAAUCAGAAAAUUGACUAACAAAAACUCUGACUCUUUCAAAGUUGAAUCUCUUGUUAACGCUCAAGUUCGUUAA